AUGAAGUUGGAAGAGUAUAUUCUGAAGCAAAAAACACAGCUUCAGUGGUUCAAAUAUGGUGAUGCAAACUCAAGAUACUUCCACAGUUUAAUGAGAGAAAGAAGAAGAAAGUUGUUUAUCCAUAAAAUCAAAGACAUUGAAGGUGAAUGGGUGCAAGGUGAUGAAGCUAUAUGGGAAGCUACUUGUGACUACUAUCAGGAUCUAUUUACAGAAACUGGUGGCACCAUUAGAGAAGACUUGCUAUCCUCAGGUCCUGAUGGCCUAAAUGGAAAGUUUUUUCAAUCCUGCUGGGACAUCAUCAAGGUGGAUCUGCUACAGGUUGUUCUAGCCUUCUUUGGCGGUUCAGAAAUGCCUAAGUACAUAACUAGUGCCUGCCUAGUUUUUCUACCAAAGGUUGAAUUUUCCAACUCCUUCACUGAAUACAGACCUAUUAGGGUCAACAAUUUUGUCAACAAAAUCAUCUCAAAAGUUAUCUGCUCCAGACUUGGCCCUAUCCUUCCCAGAAUCAUCUCACCCAACCAGUCUGGUUUUGUUAAGGGAAGAAGUAUUUCUGAAAACAUAAUGCUUGCACAGAAAAUUGUGCAAGGCAUUAAAAAUCCAAAUAAAGGGUCAAAUGUUGUUAUCAAGCUGAACAUGGAAAAAGCAUAUGAUAGAGUAUCUUGGAGCUUUACAUGCAUUAUGCUGAGAAGAAUGGGAUUUAAUGAAAGAAUAAUUGACAUGAUAUGGAGAACUAUAUCAAACAACUAG